AUGACCCAGCAUGAGCUUGAAGUGUUCCCAAUCAUCUAUGUUCCAAUACUUGCAAAAAUCCAACGAGAUCUUAACAAGCAAGAGAAGAGGAAGGGUUUUGGGUCAAAAUCUAAGACACAGAAUUAUGCAUCCAAAGUGCAGACUGAAGUCUUGGAUUCCAACGAGUCUACGAGUGAAAGGGAGUUUAAUGAGGAACCAGGAGGGGGAAACUACGUCGUUCCUGUUAGUGAGCCACACACAGCGUAUAAUCUACAUAAUCCCAGAGCAAGAGAAGAUCACAGUUUUCAGUCGGUCUUUUCACACUUACCUAAACCGCCUGAACCCCAGAGGACAUCUAAAGUUCCCACAGCUCACUUAUCUAAUUUUCAAGACAAGAACCCAGUAAAACCUCCUGUUCCUCAGAGAAUCGUUUCACAUUUAACAGAGGGCAGUGUUGCUGUGGCUUCUGGCUCACUUGCCAGAAGGCGCCCGCUACCAAUAGUCCCGCAGCAACAUUCAUCUAACAGGGCAAAUCAAAAUCCACAUGUUCCUGUACCAACACAACAUGUUCAGUUAAAGCAAUCGAUAAGAACAUCACAACAGAACUUGGAUCCCACCUGGUACAGGGGAAGAAUAACUCGUAAUCAGGCUGAAUUGUCUCUCAGAGAGGUGAACAAGGUUAGCGGUUGCAUCAUUUUCCCCGUUGAAUAAAUAUAGACACACAUAGAUGAACACAUUUCAAUGAGACAACAACAACAGUCCCAUGAGAUUGUGUGUGGGGUUUUAUAUCUUGAAGGAUGGAGCAUUCUUGGUGAGGGACAGCUCACACGUCUCAACCCAACACCCCUACACUCUGAUGCUGCUAAAUCAAGGCAAGAUUUACAACAUUAAGAUCCAAAGACAAAAUGACUUCUACUUUCUCGGAAAUGGGGCACGUAACACUAAGGUAGGCUAAAAUACAAUGUGAACUAAAAAUAAAACUUCAAAGUUCACAUCUUGUGGCACACCUCAGGGAAUAUCUGCUGCUGACUUGUGCUGCGCUGCGUCAUUAGGUCCCCGUCAUCUUCAGUGUGUGCUGUUGUGCUUUAGAGUUUCCUCAGGGUGAAGGAGAUGAUUAUCCAUCACAUGAACGCCCCGCUGCUCCUCGUAGAUGGCACAGACCAGUGCUCUGAGGAGCAGCCGAAGUGUCGUCUGCUGCACCCUGCGGGAC